AUGGGUGAUAUAUCCAAGAGCACCCAAAAGAGCACAUCACGCGUCCUGGCUGCGCUGGAUUACUCCAUGCCUUCUUCUUCCUCAAGUUCUCAUACCACUAUCCAAACAUCCCAAAUUCUCGGCAAGCGUAAAUCCGAGUCUGAUACCUUUCCUGUGUCGCCAGUGAUGAGAGCACGAACUCUCCCAGACAUCGAUUCAAUGAUUCAUGGACCACACUCAUCACUCAACAGGCCUGUGCAUGCGACUGGCGCUUCAUCACAAGGCGCUUCAUCUAGAGCUGGCAAAUCCAAACCAAGAACCAAGAACAAUAUUCAAAGCAAGCUCAUUACAUCUGGCUUCUCUCUGAGAUACGACAGCGAAACUCCUGCUAGUCGCAUUGAUCAAGGAGGCCCUGAUCAAGAACAGAGAUUGGCAGAAUUUGUUUAUAACUCUAUUGAAAACCUUGGGGAUAGACGGUCCGUUAAGGAUGCUAUCCGGAACCUCGGUCUUCAGAGUGACAAGGAUCUCCUCCCCGGUCUCGAAGUACGGCUUUUACCUCACCAGCUCAUCGGUGUCGAUUGGAUGGUGGACCAAGAAAGAAAGUCCCCUCACAGGGGUGGUAUCUUAGCAGAUGAAAUGGGUCUUGGCAAGACUGUCCAAAUGAUUGCCACAAUGGCAGCCAAUUUGCCCAGGGACACUGAUGCUGUGAAGACCACGCUCGUCGUCGUUCCCGCCGCGCUCCUUCAACAGGCUAGUUUGUUUUCCUGGAAGGAGGAAAUCGAGACGAAGUCGAAUGACUUAUUUACCGUGCAUAUACAUCAUGGACGGGAUAAGCUUUCCACCCUGAUGGACGUCAGAUCUAAAGAUGUCAUCAUCACUACAUAUCAAACCCUGAGCACGGAGCUUACUAUUCCAAAAGACAUCGAAGAAGGCAAGGAACUGGCAUAUCUUGAGGAUCACGGAGGGGUACUUGGUCGCAUGAGAUGGUAUCGUGUGAUUUUAGACGAGGCCCAAUUUAUUCGAAACAGAGGAACGCACGCUAGCCGCAGUGUAGCUCUACUCCGUUCAACUUAUAGGUGGAUGCUUACAGGCACACCUGUCACAAAUACACUUUACCCAACUUCUCCCAGUGCUGACAUAUAUGGGCUUAUUCGCUUUGGGCGUUUUCGUCCUUGGAAUGACUGGGAGUCAUUUAAACAAUAUAUUGCAAAGGUGCAGCAAGAGGAUGCGCCGCUUGCGGCAAUGCGAGCGCAGGAGAUUCUGAAGCCCCUGUUGCUUCGCCGCACAAAACAAGCUAGAUUGGAAGGAAAGCUCAUUCUUCAGCUGCCCCCGAAAAACAUUGAGCUCGUGACUCUUGAAUUCUCGGCAGACGAGCAACAGCUGUAUGAUGAUUUCGAAAAGAAAAGCCACGUUCAAAUCAAUCGCUUCAUCAGAAAAGGGACGUUGUUGAAGAAUGCAACUUAUAUCCUGGCGAUGAUCCUCCGGCUUCGGCAGCUGUGUUGUCACCCGAACUUAAUCUUGGCGCGUCUUUUGUUCUUCGAUUACAUAGGUGAAUUAACACACCCCACAGGAAAGGAGUUUGCGCGAGCAAUCCGAGUCAUGGGGCCAGCCUGGGUCGGCGAUAUCAAGAAGAGGUUCAUGACACGCGCGCUAGAGAGUAAUCUACUCGUAUUCUCGGAUGAGGAGGGCGCAGAUGCAACAUGCCCUGUCUGCAAAGAUCUGUACGUCAACAACGCUGGUCGUGUCCUUACCUGUGGUCAUGAGAUUUGCUUUGGUCAGUGGACCCUCAUCAUGCCAUCGUUGUCGUGUUUUGAUCGCGGUCUUGUAUCUCUAGAUUGUAUGCUCAUGCUUUCAAAUUCGCCGAUUACGCACAACGGGGAAUUUGGUCAUGGAAAUGAGAAAGAAAAUAUUCGUGCCGAACGUGAGUAUGAAGCUGCUGCUGCGAAAGGUCACCGGCCUUGUGCGUAUUCCUCUUUUCUUCGUCACGCUGUACUCUCGCUCAUUCGCGCAGGCCCUACGUGCAAGAAGAUGAACGACCUGAGCCCAACGAAGGUGUUCAAGUCCAUUGCAUUCGAGCCAGAGGAGGAUGAAGUCGAGGAGGCAAAUCGCGCUCGUAAGCACGCUCGUCGGCUUGUGCUCGAGAAGCCCGUGCGCCAGGGUACAGUUUCAAGUGAAGAGUCGUCUGACUCGGAUUCGGAAAUCGAGUUAUCUGUGCCUUCACGCUUCAGGGGCGCGACGCCAGAAGUCGACAGCUCCGACGACGAUAUGCCAGAUUUCUCACAGCUAUUCGCGAAUGGAGGAAAACUCAAGAAGAAGGAUAAGAAAGCAACGGGGAAUAAACGGUCGCGCCAGCAGUCUGACAACGACGAAGUAAUUGACUUGACUGUGAGUGAUGUGUCGGACAACCUUGAUGGUUCCGACAUUAAGCUCGGAAGGAGGCAUGCCGUGCGGUCCUCGAAGAAGCACUAUGAUAAUGGAAAAGGGAAAGCACCCGCGAGGGACGACGAAGAGAAACCUUCAUCGCAAAGUGCAGAGAAGACAAAUUUGGAAGGCCCCGGCGCCCCUUCCGACGCACUUAUUGCCAUGUGGCGAAAAGGCGAUUACGACCUGGAACCGAGUACGAAGAUGCUCGCCCUCAUCAGUUUCCUCAAGUCAUGGGACGAGAGCGGGGACAAGACAAUCUGUUAUUCACAGUGGACCUCGAUGCUUGACCUCAUCGAAACACUAUUCUCGCGAUAUGGGAUCCGCAGCCUGCGGUAUGAUGGUUCCAUGAACCGGAUAUCGCGGGAUAAUACCCUUGCAACAUUCAAACGACCUGAUGGACCCAAGGUCAUCCUCAUCAGCACGAAGUGUGGUAGUGUAGGUUUGAAUCUGGUUGUGGCGAAUCGGAUCAUCAAUUUGGAUCUAUCCUGGAAUUAUGCGUCCGAGUCACAAGCAUACGACCGCGUACAUCGUCUGGGACAAGAGAAAGAUGUUUUUGUCAAGCGACUUGUUGUCAAAAAUACGAUAGAGGAACGAAUGCUCCGCCUUCAGGAGGUUAAAACUGACCUCGCGGAUGCCGCGCUCGGCGAGGGCGCGGGAACGAAGCUACAGAAGAUGAGCGUUAAGGAAAUCAAGACUUUGUUUGGGAUGAAAACCUAA